CGUCCCUUAUUAAGAGCCGACGUCGAUCGCCCGGAAAUGCACAGUAGUAAUCAGUGAUCGUAGAAAUGUGGAAGCUGCUUCUCCACAGCUCUCGUGGCAGCUCCAUUCGGGGUUCCCUUGCAUUUGUCGCGACUCUGUCAUCUUCUUCCUCGUUCUCUGCUCCUCUUUCUCAUUUCCCAUUUCAAUGCCGCCUCCACCUUUCUCCUCCGUCUCAUUCCCAAUUUUUCCCACCCUUUCAGUCCCCCGCUCUCCUGUCACUCGUUGCCUUCCAUUCUUCUUCCUAUUCUUUCGACUCAAAAUUGAAACAAGAAUUGGCUGACAAGGAGCCCAGGCCUGACGGGGGCAUUAAUAAUUCUAGUGUCAGAUUUGCUGACGAGGAUUAUCCGACGGGUGACUUUGAUUUUGCGCCCACCACUGGUUGGAGUAAAUUUCUUCUGAAGCUCAAGACGCUCAUUGCAUUCCCUUUGGAGGGUGUUCGCAGGGGAAGCAUUCUCACAAUGAAGCUGCGAGGCCGGAUAUCUGAGCAGCUCAAGAGUCCUUUCUCUCAAGGACUAUCUCUACCUCAAAUUUGUGAGAACUUUUCAAAAGCAGCAUAUGAUCCUCGUAUUUCUGGUAUCUAUCUCCAUAUUGAUAAUUUGAAUUGUGGAUGGGCUAAAGUUGAAGAAAUUCGAAGGCAAAUAUUGAAUUUCAAAAGAUCUGAAAAAAUUGUUGUGGCUUAUGUCCCUUCGUGCCGAGAAAAAGAAUAUUAUCUUGCAUGUGCAUGUGAAGAAAUAUAUGCCCCUCCAAGUGCUUAUUUUUCGUUGUUUGGAUUCACCGUUCAAGCAUCGUUCCUCAGAGGUGUUUUAGAUAACAUAGGUAUUGAACCUCAAGUUGAAAAGAUUGGGAAAUACAAGAGUGCGGGGGAUCAGCUUACUCGUAGAACCAUGUCUGAAGAAACUUGUGAGAUGAUGACUGCACUGCUUGACAAUAUUUAUGCAAAUUGGCUGGAUAAGUCUCUUCUUCAAGAGGAAAAAAGAGAGAAGAGAUUGAGAAUUUCAUAAAUGAAGGAGUCUAUCAAGUAGACAGGUUGAAAGAAGAAGGCUUCAUUACGAACAUAAUGUAUGAGGAUGAGGUUAUUGCUAGGUUGAAGGAGAGACUCGGAUUGAAAACAAAUGGAAAUCUGCAUAUGGUGAAUUUCAGGAAAUACUGUAGAGUUAAGAGAUGGACUGUUGGAAUAUCAGG